GAGGAUUUAUUUCCGUGUCAUACGAAAAUGCAGCCCUUGUUAAGUUCUCGAGUGUUUUCCACGGUCCAAACCGUUGCCGUUGCCGUCCUGUGUUUCCUGUUCGCAAUCCACUAUAGUGCCGCGGUAUUCCCCAGCGUCUUGCGAGCCUGUCCACGAAACUCCACCGACCUGAACCAGUGCAUCAUUGACGUCGUGAACGAGUUGCGGCCCCGUCUGGCCACCGGAGACUUUGGGGAAAAUUUCACCAUCGCCUCGGUGGAACCGAUCAAGAUCGACCGCCUGACGAUCGAGCGGGGCGAGAACUUUAAGGCCAACUUUACCAACUUCCGCAUCAGUGGUGCCACGCACGAGAAGACGGGAUUCAUCGUGAAGAAACUGAAAACCGAUCUCAAGACCAAGCAGAUUAACGCCACUAUUCUGCUACCGAAGCUUCAGGUCAACUCUAAGUACGCCCUCCGGAUGAGCAUCUUGGUGCUGCAGAUCAACGGCAAUGGUGACUUGCAGGUCAAUCUAACUGACACACGGGCAAGCCUCAAGCUGACAUUCUACACCGAAACGAUCGACGGUGAGGAGUACUUCCGGUUCAACCCGAUCGUGCUGAAGGUAAAGUUCGGCAAGGCGCGGUUCUAUCUGAAGAACCUCUUCAACGGUGACCCGACGCUGGAGGCGGUGGGCAACCAGGCGAUCAACGAGAACCCGGACGUGCUGCUUGACGAGGUGAAGGAGGGCAUCGAGGAAAAUCUGGCCAAACUGUUCACCAAAAUCGCCUCCGAGGUUGUGAAGGAUGCACUGUUUGAGGAAGUGUUUCCAUCGGGAUAAAAUGCGGGAGAGCGAAUAGCGUACAAAACUUAAGCAACGGAAAGUGAUUGUUGGGACGAAGAAAUGUGAUGCUCGUUUUUCUUAGGUUAGAGUUCCUUGGAAUCUGUUUGUAGCAUAUUGUGUGUUGAUUUGAACGAGAGAGCAAAGCAAUAAAUAUGAACAAC